UGACAGAGCAGGGCAGGUGAUACCGGCCAACGGACACAGAGGAAGGAGGACCUAGAGCUGACACUGAAAGCUACUACACACCCACUGACUGACACACACACACACACACCUGUGACUCCUGUAUCCAGACCAGUACAGAGGAGGACACUAGCCUGGGCAGAGGCACAAUUAAAACCCAGAACUCCCUGCUGGCAUCAUAGGGGAGAGCUGACUUUGACUUCAGAAAAAUGCAUUUUCCAGUGCAAAAGGAGUGAGCUGAGCCGAGCCCGGCCCUGAGAGAUAAAGAGGAUCAUCUGACAUCUUCCUCAGUCAACAGAUAGUCCAGAAGUUAACGACAGACGAAGGGAGAGGAAGGGAAAAGGCCAGAGAGUCCAGGGGGAGACUUGACUGAAGAUGGAACAGCCUCCGCAGAUUUGGCACACACAGGUCGGCCCUCAGGACGUCACUGGGGAGAUGCAGAAGAAGGUGUCUGUCGUCAGUGUCAGCCAGCCAGAGUGCUCCAUCUGCUACAACACCUACGACAAUGUCUUCAAAACACCCAAGCUGCUGGACUGCACCCACACCUUCUGCCUGGAGUGCCUCUCCCGCCUCAUGGCCGUCUCGCUGGCUGACCAGGACGGCGGCGGCGCUCACCUCUCUUGCCCCUUCUGCCGUCACCCCACCACACUGCCCGAGGAGGGACCCCCGGCUCUGACCACUAGCCGCGAAAUCCUCUGCCGGCUGCCCAGAGACCAGCAGCAGGAGGAGGACGUGUGGAUUGAGGGGCAGAAGCUGUGCUACAAUGGCUCCAGGAAAGGCAACGGCAACGGCGCCCCUGACAGUCCCACGGCCCUCUGCAUCUGCAUUGACAUUGGGGCCAGCAAGGCAGUGGACUCUGCCAUCCAGUCGCGGCCUCGGACUGUUGGCCUGCUGGACCGGCUGGCCGACUGGAAGAGGAUGGUGCUCUUUGUCGUGCUCAUGGUGCUGCUUGUUGUUGUCGUGUUGUGGCCGCUGCAGUGCGCGUUCAGCACCGGGAACAUGCGCUGUUUGCGGGAGAACCCUGAGCCCACUACCACCACAAUGAUCACCACGACUUUCAGACCGCGCGUCUAGACUGACUGUACAUAAUAUUGUGUGUGGGACAUUCCUAAUACUGUAAAUUGUUUGACAUUUCACAUUUCAUAAGUGCUAAUUACCACACUCAACACCUCUGAUUUGAGUCCUAAAAGACACUGUGGCGGACCCCGCCAGAGGACAGAGAUGGAAGGAUGAAACCAACGCAGACUGCUGCAAUUUUCACUGGAAUAAUGUGUCACAUGCUGUCAGACAUUACUUAAAUUGUGCUGAAUUUUCAAGUUAUAAUCAUUAAAAAAAAAUUCUGCACUUGGCACCUUUAACUCCACAACAGUUACACAUCAGCAGAAGCACAUCACUAAACUGUUCAAACAAUGUUGUAAGGACUCUGAGGGCCGCUUUGCCCUCAAAUCACCGACAGUGACACGAAACAUUUUUGUUGCCCUCGAAUCAACAUCUGUAGUUUCAAAUUAGGACUUUUUGGACCGACUGCGUUGUUGGCAUAUGUCAUCUUGUUUGGACACGUCCGCUCAGAUAACAUGAGUGGGUUGAUUAUUAUGUCAAGUGUGCAGUAGCAUUGAAAGCCAAACAAGCCUGACAUUUAUUAAUGAAAUGUAAACUUUGCCUAGCAAGCAUCUGGUUGGCUUAAGAACAACAAGCAGUUACGUUUACAGUAACAACAAGUGUGUCUGAAAGGAAAAAUGAAUGUUAUCCCAAUGUGCCAACUGAGAACUUUAACUUUGUAUAUCGUACAUUUGAUUGGUGUGUUUUGAUAUGUCCUUGUUUACAGAACUUUAAUAAAAAAAAGCGAGAUAUCUGCUCAGAUGCCUCUUCUGGGAGAUAACACAACA